AUGGCCAAUUCAAGCUACCUGAUCUUCGGGGUCUUCUCCCAAUUCUUCGAUAUCAAGUUUUGUCCCUAUCAGCCUUUGGACUGUGACCCAGUAUUUGCCGCUGUGAGCAAGAAACAUAUUGUUAUCUGCAAGCUUUCACCAAGUACAGGUGAAUCCAACCCUUGCGCCAUUAUCAACAUUAUUCGAGAUGACGAUGAUGAGGCAUCUGGCUGUUGUUGCGGCGUCGAUGCCAAGGUCAAAAUAUACGACGUCUCCGAUGGGAGCCUAGUAGAGUGUUUCGUUGGCCAUGGAGGGGACGUAAACGAUUUAGCUACAUCACCGAUUGAGUCGUCUAUUAUUGCUUCGGCUUCAGACGAUACUAGCGUCCGAAUAUGGAGCCUUGACCCUAUCCACAAGGAGCAACCUUGUCUUUGCAUCCUAGCUGGCGAGGGCCACUCUUGGAACUUGCUUUCCCUUUGGACUAUUCCCGAUCUUCCAAUGGACGCCAUCACCACCCCUCUUCAAGUUCAUUAUCCGCACUUUUCUACGUCUGCUGUUCACAGCGGAAUUGUCGAUUGCGUCGCAUUCUAUGGAGACUGUGUUCUCUCCCGUGCUUGUCACGAUAACGUUAUUGUUCUUUGGAGGAUUGAAGGAUUUUCGUCCGAGGGAUUGCCGCCACCGCAAAGCGCUGCUCCAACACCGCAAAACGUCGUCCCGACCAGCUACGAAGACCCGGAUCGCCUUACGAGAUCCGCAUUCGUCCCAGCCACAUCACCGCAAUGCCCUUCACAGUAUACACGCUUGCUCGAAUUUCAUACUCCAAACUGCGGUCCCCAAUUCUUCAUGCGGUUCAAGCUCUUCCAUGUCCCAGACCAAAAUCCCGUACUUGCAUUCUGCAAUGCAGCAGGGAACAUUUUCUUCUGGGAUUUUCGGAGACUUACUGUGUAUCACGAGGUCAUGGCAGGCUUGCAAGGCAAGUCGAAGGCGGCAGUUACUCCGAGCUGGCUCAAACCGUUCACCCCUCGGCAAAGAGCGGACGCUAUGGGCAGAUUCAAGGGGGUUGGUAGUGAUAGGGACUCACUGGCAUCGGGGCAAACGGGGCAGACGGAAGCCAGUGAAUACAGCCCAGAGACUCUAGAAUCAUGGGCAUCUAGAUAUAGCACUGAGGAUCCCCAUGAGCCGCUCCGAGCCCAUAAGACGGAGUCUUCCUCCACGAACUUCGUCGGGAGGCAAGCUGCAUGGAGCCCUGGGGGAGAAUGGUGUGUGGUAGUCGGAAGCUCGAACACCAUGUUGAUCUUGCAGAGAUGGGCUAAAGGAGCGCCCUGUAGCCGAAGUACAGGUUGA